UUGUUCUUUUGUUCCCACCGUGAUAGAGUUUGAACUGAUGCAUGUUGACGAGUUCAUUGAUGAGCUCCUUCACGCAGAGAGGAUGUGUGACAUCAUUCUUCCUCGGCUUCAGAAGAGACACGUUCUGGAGGAGGCUGAAAUGUUAGACCCACGUAUCAGCGCUCUGGAGGAGGAUCUGGACGAGGUAGAGAGCAGUGAUGAAGAAGAAGAGGACGAAGAGAAGCCAGAGAGACUCCAGACCCCUGAGCCCCACAGACGCCGCGACAGUUACCGUGACGACAGACCACGUCGCUCUCCUUCGCCACGUUACAGACGCAGUCGCUCCCCAAGACGGAGGAGCCGAUCGCCAAAGAGGCGAACCCCAUCGCCCCGGAGGGACCGCCAUCGCAGCAAGAGCCCUCGCCGCCACCGCAGCCGCUCCAGAGACCGCCGCCACCGCUCCAAAUCCCCAGGUCACCACAGAAGCCACAGACACCGCAGCCACUCAAAGUCCCUAGAGAGGAGUUCAAAAAAGAGUCACAAGAAGAGUCGAAAAGGAAAUGAGUGAUGUUUCUUUGACUAUAUCUUUCAUUUUCAUUUUUUACCUCCAAACUGACAGAGAACUUGCCUCUAAAGGUUUUUAAUUUUAAAUGUUGGAUAACUCAUUUCAAAUGUUGGAUAACUCGUCUUUAAGAUAUUACAAUGUGAAGCCCUCAGGUCUCAGCAGUUUGUAUGGAGAAUAUGUUUUUGCUCACUUUAUCUUCAGCCUUUCAGCCUCAUUCUGUGGUUCACGUCGUGAAAAUUACAGCCAUUAUUGAUAUCUUUUGGAUCUGUGUAAAUACAGAAAAUGUCUUUCUGUAUGUUAAGAACAUUGAGAAAUAAAAACCCUGAUUCAUUAA